GCGGAAGCACGCGACCGUGGGCGGGCCCGGAAGGGGCGUGGCCUCCCUCUGGCCCCGCCCCGCGGCCAUGCAGACGGCGGGCACGGUCCCGGGCGGCGGCUCCGCUGCCCGCCCGCCCCGGAGGGGACGGGGUCGGGGUCCCCGCCGGGCGCGGGCCUCCUUCGUGGACGAGUCGCUCUUCGGCAGCCCCGCCGGGGCCCGCCCGGCGCCGCCCGGCUUCGCGCCUCCCUGGGCGGCGGGGCCGGUCCCCGCUGACAGCGGCCGCCGGCCGAGGAGCAAGUGCAGGUUGGGAAGCCACACGCCGUCCUUCUGCGACGAGUCCCUUUUCGGUGCCAAGCCGCGGGGCCCGGCCUGGGCAGCUCCUUGGAUGAGGAAGGAGGAUGUGGCCAAGCUCCAUGCGCUGCUCUGGAGCCCCCCGCCCGCCCCCCGAACCCAGCCCGGCCUGUCCCCUCGCCCCAGGGAGACACCCCUGAGAGCCCUCCGGCCACCAGCCCCCGUGUCUCCGGCAUCAGCAGCCUUUGAGGGGGGCCGUAAGGGACAGCCCUGCCCCUGGAAGCGUCCCGAGUGCGGUUCUUGCCCCGAAGGCCGGGGUGCUCCCAGCAGAGGACGUUCCCAGUCUCUGAGCCGGCUGAACACCCCCUCCGGCGGGCUCCGCCUGGCUUCGGAGACCACCAGGACAGAAAAAUGUGAACACCAGAGCCCUCCGACAGCCCCUGUGACCCCUCGAGGCCCUCUGAUGAGGGGUCGGUCAAAAAGCGUGUCCGGACCUCCUCUGUCCAGAAGCUCCACAGCAGUGGGGGGCUGCAAGCCCAGGCCUCCCUGGAAAUGAAAUGAGAUGUCCCUCUGGAUGCAAAUACAGCCUCAGCCUCCCCGAGGUGGGACCUGACCUCCUGGAGAGUGAGUCUGAGAGGACCCUGGGACCUCCCAUGGCUGCAAACGAAGGAUGGGGACGUCCCACAAGCGGGAACAAGCCGGGAACCAAGGGUGACCACAGCACUGUAGCGGGACAGCCUUGGUGGUAACAGCAGCUUCCGUUGACUGUCUGGUGGUCAUGAGAUGAGGUGUGGUGACGAAUCAGGGUCCUUCUAUCCGGGAAGUCCAGCCAGAAAGUCGGAACAGGAGGAGGCAGGGCUGCCUACAGCGUUGGUCCGGGGCCUGUCCAGGAGAAGGACCAGGCACAGGUACCGGGAGCCUGCUCUGAGACCCCCGAAACCUUCCCUUCUCCAGGCUGAACGAGCCCCGUUCCCUCAACCCUGACCAUCUUGGUGGCUCUCUGGCGGCCUUGCUCCGUUUAUCGACGCUUUAAUGGUCUCCUUUGGCAAGGAAGGAGAAGGGAGAGGACGAGCAGAGAGGUGAGGAAUGGCAUCGCCCUGCGUCCUGCUGCGUCCAGCAGCUUCUGGUGAUGAGGACACGCUGAGUGGACACAGAAUCCUGUGGUUUGUACUGAGGGUUGUGAGGUGCUCUCACAGCAACUCCAUUCUUGUCACCAAAUAAAUGAUCCAAGGCAAAUCUGCUGGGGCCUCGUGUUUGGUCCGCAGGAUGCUGCUGUGCCACAAAGACUGUCCGAGCAAAGCGGCUGCUCCUCGAUUUCCAUUCCUGAGGUGGGAAAGAGCGACUUGGUCUUUAGGAAUACAAGCAGGGAGGCAGAUAAAGGACGUAAGCCGGGUGACUCGGGUUUUGCAGCCAGUGUCACUGCUCCCCUGGGAAGGACGGCUGCAGUGAUGAGCCGCUGAGGUCAGGGAACGCAGGGGGGUCACUGGGAGUUUGGUCACUCCCUCCCACACAAAGGGAAACAUUCUCUCAAAUUCACCCAAGGACAAACUGAGGUUAAGGGCAUCAUUCUGCCCCCAGAAAUGAUUUUAUUGCCACCUUGAGCAGCAGCAGGAUUAUGCAUUGACCUGCUCCGGCACGUGAAUGACACGGAAGCUGGGAAGGCCAGCCAGGAGGGACGCUCCCGGUCCAGUCCCAUUGGCAAGAAAGGUUAUUCUUGCUUUUGAAAGGUAACAGAACUCGAUCAAAAAUGGUGGUAUGUUGUUAUGCCACUGCUCUGAUGGCCUCUCUCUGUGACAGCCAGCCCUGGCAGACUCAGGCUUUAAUACAAGUGCUAUCAGUUAAUGUUUGUAAUUUGGGGGACUUGAGCCCAGGUGAGCAAGCAGCCAUGCUGGGAGGAAAGAAUGGAGGACAGAGGAUGGAUUUUGUACUUAUUUUUUGGCCUUGCCAAAGGCCCUCUUUAUUCGCCUUUGACGUGAGGAGUGUCUGGAACAAGCAGCUUUUCUGGAUGCAGGUGGCAGCACAGGUCAUGGCCAUCUCCCUCACGUCCCGCUCAUUCUCCUGCUGCGUUCAGCGCUCCUCCUCAGUCCAGGAACAGUAGGUAAGGACAGUGUGUUUCUCCUUUGGGACUGAGCCUUUUCCUUGGUGCAGACAGCGUGAAGUGCCGCUCCCUCAGCCUGGCAAGACAGCACACACCAGUUACUGCAAGCUUGAGGGCCUUCAGCAGGUUUUCCCUGCCCAUCCCCUAUGGAGGGAUCCUUUUACCUAUCCCAAAUGUGGGCAGAAUUGCUCCUGGCUGCUGAGCUGAGCCUUCCCAAAGGGUCCACAACCGAAUGGGACUUUUCAAGAGGUGCCAGGUCCGAAUACCUUCAUGCUCCUUUGAACCGCUCCCCCGCCCUGCAAAAGCUUCCCUGCAUUGCAGCCAGCCUCUGUCCUCUGGGGGCUCUGACUAAGGCACAUGCGGGUCUCAGCCUGCUUUGUCACAGCACUGAAGAAAAGGCCACAUCUCUGUGGUUUGGCUGGGGCUGAGCCGAGAGCUUUGCUGAGGAGUGGGUUACAUCAGUGGUGCUGUGACCCGGGUAAUACGCUGUGAGCUGUUGGGAGCGCGGGACAGGCCGUGUCUGCCUGCAGAAGGCUGAGGACCAGUAGUUUUUGUGGCACUCGCAGCAUUUUUUUCUUGAUUAGCACCAAGCUUUCAGGCUCCUCCCCGCACUUUGCAUUGCAGCAGUCCAGCAGCUCUUCUCCUUUUUACUUCUGAGUAAAAACUGUAGGGACAUGAAAGCAAUUAGGGCCUCCUCAGAGGAGGUGUUGGGGUCUGACGUGAAUCUGAGCCUGUUCAGCUUAAUUUGGGUGUUGGCACAGUGACAUGCAAGCUGUUAAGGUCUCUCAGUGGGCUGGGAGAGAAACUGAAGUGUGAUUUGGACACUAGAUGGAGACAAGAGGGUUAAGGAUUGACAGAAAAGCUAGAGCCCUGUUCCCCAGCAGCAGGUGGAUGAGUCAGAUCCAGUGGGGUGAGUCAUCAGCAAACUGGGGUAACUGGCCCAAAAUUGAAGCAGCAGAGAACUGCUGAACACGGAAGCAGGACACAAAGUGCAGUUUUUGAGAGCUGGAGUGCUUGAAAGAUGAAGCCUCUUAAAAUAAAGAGAGAUUUUAUCUGAAAAACAAGUUGACAGUGGCUUGUAUGGCCAAGGGUAGCCAGUUUACCCCACUGCUGUGUUCAGGCUUCAAGGAAUCAACGGGGGAAACUAGACCCCCUUUGCAUCAGCCACACGCUUGCCUGCCCCACACUGUCCCAGGUUGUCACCGAGGGCUUCUAUGCCGCCAGGAGGUCAGAACUGGCACUUCCUCGCUAUUUACACCACAAGGACAAUAUUGGUUCCAAUAAAAAUGGGUAUAAAUGGGUUGCUUGGA